CUUUAUGCAUAUCUAAAAGCUCAUAGCCUAUGCGCUGGUGGCGUAAAUUCAUAUUAUCCUGGACAUGCGCAUAGUCAAAAUAUACAAUGCCUCCCUUGUUAGUAUUAUCUUGGUGGAGGUCGGCAACAGAGAAGUGAGGAUGAGAUACUUUGGAUGGAAGGCUCUUUGUUUACUUGCGGCGUUGGCUGUGGCUCUCCUUUUGCUUCCUCUAAUCCUCCCUCCUUUGCCGCCGCCACCUCCGUUGUUUCUCUUCAUUCCGAUCAUCAUCCUUGUUCUGCUAAGUUUCUUGCUACUGCUUCCUUCCAACGUCAACAUCAUCUCUUCUCCAAACCCAGCUUUUACUUCGCCCAUAUGAUUUUAUGUUUCGUUAUUGCACAUACCAUGAGCUUUCUCUUCUUGGAUAAGUUUAAAAGAAAAGGAAACUAGAAAAAUGAGUUCUCGGAGUGUAAAGAUCACUUGUUUGAGUUUUCAAAAUUAGUCACCUCUUCUGCAUCUUCUUUGCAAUCCAUUUCUAGUAUAUAUGUAUGUAGGAUGCAACAAAUGACGCACUUUGUAAUUAGUAUUCUCAAUCUAAUAAGUUGUACUUCUUUAGGUUCCUUAGAACUAAGCAUGAAGCAGCAAAUGAAUGAACAAGCGCAUGGGAACAUGAUCUGGUGAAGCUAACAGGAUUAGUUGGAGGUGUGCUGAUCAACAUAACUAGAAGCAUCCUUCGAAAAGCAAGCAUCCUAGAAAAGCAUGUUGCAUAGGGAAAGAGAAAAGGAAGAGACAAAGAAAAAUUAAGUUACGUUGAAAGUUGGCAGGCGGGCUAUCAGGUUCAUGGUAUCUGAAUAAAAGAAACAGAACAGAAAGAUAAAAUAAUGCCAAUUGCUAAAGGUGAGGAAAUUUCCAAAAGGGGACCAAGUCGUCACCAAUUGGUAGCCCGAGCUUGAUUUGGUCACGGAACGUACGUCUACAUUAAUUAGCGGGUUAGAGAGGCGGCCAUGAGUCCAACAUAAUUAAUGGCAUCCUUUGUUUUGCUUGGAAUUGGAGAAGCUAAUCAUCAUCUGCUACGACAACAAGAGAGUGAGUUCUGUCACAUGACCUGAUUUUUAUAAACCCCGGCUUUGGUUGUUUGGUUGAUGUAAGUGACAAUAUUUAGCAUUUCCUAGGUAUCAUAUUUGAUAGAAGAUAUUGUAA